AAAGAAGAAAAACAAUAUAUAUAUAUUUUGUGUGUCAAGCCACAAUUAAUAAAGGGAGAUCGUAUCGAAAGAAGAAGAGGAAGAAUCAAAGCAUGAGUGGGCAAGAGAAUCGCGAUGGCAGCCGGACCUCCACUCCCGCCGCGUCGGAGCCCAAAGCAGCUCCUCCUCACUCCUCUGACUACGCUCCUUACCCUAAGCUCGAUCCCAACGACGUCACUCCUCCUCCUCCGCCUGCUCCCAUCUCAGGCAACGCCGCCACCACCAUGCCGCCGGAGUUCAAUCCUUACGUCUCUCCUUCCCCUGUCCCCAAGAAUACAAUGGACUCUGUGAAGGACACGCUCGGGAGAUGGGGGAAGAUGGCUGCAGACGCCACCAAGAAGGCGCAAGAUCUCUCCGGGAACGUUUGGCAGCACUUGAAAACAGGUCCAAGUGUAGCUGAUGCUGCUGUUUCGCGAAUCGCUCAGGGGACCAAGAUACUUGCUGAAGGUGGGUAUGAAAAGGUCUUCAAGCAGACGUUUGAGUGCUUUCCCGAUGAGCAGCUUCGCAAGACCUAUGCUUGCUACUUGUCUACAUCUGCUGGUCCUGUGAUGGGUGUUAUGUAUCUUUCCACGCACAAGCUUGCGUUUUGUAGUGACAAUCCUCUUUCCUACAAAGAAGGUGAUCAGACCAAGUGGAGCUAUUACAAGGUGGUACUUCCGGUGAACCAGCUCAAGGCUGUGAACCCAUCAACAAGCAGAGUUAACACAUCUGAGAAGUACAUACAAGUGAUUUCCGUGGACAACCAUGAGUUCUGGUUUAUGGGGUUUGUGACUUAUGAUAGCGCUGUGAAGAGCCUUCAAGAAGCUGUGCAGCCACAUGCUCCAUGAGGGUCCAACGGUGUUCAGUAGUAUUGUGCAUUACAUAUAUGCAUCAGUGUGCGUGUUUAUUACUUGAUACCAUCUCACUUUGUGUUGUACAUUUUACUCUCCUGGUGUUAUCAUAAAACAUUGCUUCUGCUCAUUUGCUUUUGUAUAAUUAAAUUAUUGUUUAUUUACAAAUAAACCCAUUGUGUCUUUA